GCAAGGUGUCAGCUGCGCCUAGCUCUAAGCGACCUGCAGCCCUCAGAUGUCACUUGCGGGAUCAUCUGUUGAGAAACGGGUGGUUUAAACCCGUUUAAACGACCCCGGGGGUCUGCCCGGCCCCCGAGUGGGCCGUGAGCUCCUCCGCCAGGAGCUGCCGCCAUGGAGGAGGUGGAGUCACGCUUCCUGCACCUCCUGCAGCCCAUCCGCGACCUCACCAAGAACUGGGAGGUGGAUGUGGCCGCCCAGCUCGGGGAGUACCUGGAGGAGCUGGAUCAAAUCUGCAUUUCCUUUGACAAUGGCAAAACCACCAUGAACUUCAUAGAAGCGGCCCUGUUGAUCCAGGGUUCUGCCUGCGUCUACAGCAGGAAGGUGGAGUAUCUCUACUCGCUGGUCUACCAGACGCUUGACUUCAUCUCCAACAAAAAGCGGGAAAAACAGCCCAGCUCCGUGGGGCAGGACGGCGAAGAUGCCGACGUGAGCUUUGGGGCUGAGGAGGAAGAGUUCCUCUCCCUGGACGACAUCAGGGACAGCAGCCAGGCGAACGUGGACAUGAAGAAGGAUCAUCAGCCCAACGCUGUGAACGUUGUUCCCUUGACUCCGAUGUCUUUGGUCCCUCCGGAAGAAGCUGAGAAGAGGGACAACCCUCUGUUCAGCCGGAAAGGGGAGAUCCUCGCCAGCCGGAAGGAUUUCCGGAUGAACACGUGCACCCCUCACGCCACCGGAGCCUUCCUACUGGAGCUGGCGGGCCUCUCCCCCACCUGCCUGCAGAAGCAGCAGCACGAAGAGAGCCCCGGCAGAGCGGCAGGAGCGCCGUCCUGCGUCCUCGGCAGCGGGAGGGAGCGCGUGAGCGUCGGUGGGGUUCCCGUCCAGGCGCUGAGCUUCUCUGAAGACGGAGGUGCCGCAGGACCGGAUGAUGACAACAGCAGCGGGGACAACGUGCCCGGGGCCCCAGAGGAUGAUGUGGAAAUGUCUCCGGCUGCUAAGGAACAUGUCGAGGCACAGAGGAGCGCGCCCCAGGCGAAGGGGUACGUGCUGCGGGAGCGAGCGCCUGCCCAGGACCCCAAAGCCCACAUCAAGGAGAUUCUGGAUCCGUGGCAAAGCCUCGACCCCUUCGGUGACUCCGAGGACAAGCCAUUCAAGAAAGGGAGGCCCUUCCUGGUGCCGCAUGGCCUGGACAACGUCGUUGGUAGCAAGCGGAAGAGGACAGGACCGAGGAAGCUCCAGGACUUCAUGAAAUGGUUCUCUGCAGCCUACAACAACGUCGCCGACAGCAGGAAAACCAAGAGGAAAGGGCCAACAUUCGCAGAUCUGGAGGUGCUGUACUGGAAGCAGCUGAAGGAGCGGGCGGCACAGAGGAAGCUGCAGAGCCGGGCGGGGCCGCUGUGGCUGCCACUGCCGCCGUGCGAGGAGGGGCUGGAUCUGCUGGAGGAGGAACGCGGGGCUGACUGCCACGAGGGAGCAGAUGACUUCACGGAGCACGAGGACAUCCAGCCCGAGGCCCUGGAGGAGCUGAGAGAAGGAGCCCUGGACCCCCAAGACCCGGGCUCGCUGGGCUACGAGGAGCUGGUGCGCAGGAACGUGGAGCUGUUCAUCGCUGACUCCCAGAAGUACGUGCAGGAGACGGAGCUGUCCCAGCACAUCCGCCGCUGGGAGGAGAGGAUGGGGCCGUUGCUGCAGGAACAGGAGGAGCGAGCCGCCUUCGACAUCCAUGACUACGGGGACACGCUGGCGGGCAGCUGCGGGGGCCUGGGCGAGUGGCGGUCCUUCGCCAGCCUGGUGGCGGGGCAGCCCCCCUUCGAGGUGUGCCGCUACAUGCUGGCCUCGCUCCAGCUGGCCAACGACUACGUGGUGGAGGUGGCGCAGGACCCGGGGCUGGAGCAGGCGCUGGACACCAUGCGGCUGCGGCUCCUCAGCCACGAGCGGCCGCACGAGCGUUUCCGCGCCUUCCAGCCCCCCUCCGCCUGCCCCUGA